CUGCACGCGCAAUCACACGCACGCGCUCAUUGAGCAGCGUUACGUACGCCAGACAAAGAUGGCGGCCACGGCGGGGAAAGCAGCAUGAUUUGCAGGUGUAGAAGAACGCAACCUGAAGAAUUAUAGUAUUAUAUGAGCGCUGGGAAAGCUAGCAAGAUGACACUUUAGGGAAUACAUCCGUAGUAGUAAUUCGUAUACAUUUUCUAAGUUUUCCCCGGAGGGAACGUUUUAUUUUUUAGGCUUGGCGAAAAAGAAAACUCCCCAGAAGCAUGGCUUCCCACAGUAUCCAGUACAUCUUCGGGGAGUUCAGUCCCGACGAAGUCAAUCAGUUCUUCAAGACUCCCCGGUGUUAUGUUCAGCUUCCCCCAUUCUCCGACAAGGUAUCCUGCGUCACAAAGCCCACAGGAAGUUACUGUACUCCAGUGCCAGUCAUUACGGAGUCAAUGAGACGGCAGGUUUGUGGUGGUGGCUGUGACCACAUCAAGUUUGGCGUGGACGAGGUGAUGGAUGCCGAGGGUAUCAGGAUGGGUGAUCCGGCCUGCAAGGUCUCCAGCACUCUCAACCCCCAGGCUCCCGAGUUCAUCCUAGGCUGCCAGCCGGCUCAGAAUGCCCUGCCGACCCUGCAGGGGACUGACGCCUCUGAUUUCAAUUUGGCGGACGGCUCGGACCCCCUGCUCCAGUCCCCGGAUGACAACCAGCCGUUGGGCAGCCUGGCGCAGCGGGAACGCAAGAAGAAGAAGAAGCGACCACCCGGAUACUACAGCUACAUGGAGGGGCCCAGUGGUGCGGCCAAGGCCACCGGGGCAGUGCUGGUGAACGGGCACACACCUGUCAGUCCUGACCACCAGCCAGAGGACAUGGUGAUGGAGGCGGGCCUGAGCACGGAGUGCUACCCUGGGGGCGCAGAAGCUUCCUCUGGGGCUCACAGCCGGACUAGUGAAAGUCCGGAUGAAUCAUCCUCGGACCCCACGGACGGCGCGGCCCCGUCGCCGGACCACGACGUUGUGGCCUCUGCCUCGUGUUCUCACAGCCACCAGCUGGCUGCGGCCCCCAGGACAAUUGAGCGGCAGUCGGGCCCCCCAACCCUUGAGAGCCCUGAACUGCUGGGCAGUGAGAGGGAGAGCCCAGGUCCCUCCUCCCCUCUCCCUCCUGGUGCUACUGAUGAGGCUAACAGCACAGUCGACGGGACGUUGGACAGGCAUGCCGAAGACUGUGGGAGCCCGAAUGGGGAGGUGCGGCCGGGGGCACUACAGACAUCGCUGUCCGUCCCUGCUGUGUCUCCGGCCCCCCCUACUGGUGCUUCUGCUGCCAACCCGCCCAAAUCCUGGGCCAGCCUCUUUCACAACUCUAAACCCCUGCCCGGUGGGCCGCAGGCAUUUGUGCAGGUGAAGAACGUCCCGUCCCCAGUCCCUGCUGCCCAGGUCCCUGCCCUGGCGUCGGAACAGGUCAACGAGGUGGACGAGGGUCCUGUCCAUGUGUCUGAGGACCCCCUGGCCCCCAGGCUUGCAGAAUUGAUUGAAAAUGUGAAGUUGAUACACAAACCGGUGUCUUUGCAACCAAGAGGACUGAUCAACAAGGGAAACUGGUGCUAUAUCAAUGCUACCCUGCAGGCCCUGGUUGCUUGCCCCCCCAUGUACCAUCUGAUGAAGUCACUUCCUGUGCCGAAUGAGACUCAGCGGUCCUCCUCAUCCACGCCCAUGAUCAACAGCUUUGUUCGACUAGUAAAUGAGUUCAGCAAUAUGCCUGUGCCGUCCAGGGCUAAACAGCAAGCUGCUGGAGACAAAAUCAUGAAAGACAUUCGGCCAGGAGUUCCCUUUGAACCCAACUACAUUUACAGACUCCUCACUGUCAUUAAGUCCAGCCUCUCUGAAAAGGGUCGACAAGAGGAUGCAGAAGAGUACCUGGGCUACAUCCUUAAUGGCUUGCAUGAGGAGAUGUUAGCUGUAAAGAAACUCCUGUCUCCGCCAGAAGAAGAGGUUUCCACCUUGAACGGCCCAGAGUCCCACUCAAGAGCCAAUGAGGAGACAGCAGAAAAGGAUGUGGAAAGCAGCGAUGACGAAUGGGAGCAAGUCGGCCCCCGCAACAAGACUUCUGUAACUCGGCAGGCCGACUUUGUCCGCACCCCCAUCACGGACAUUUUUGGGGGCCACAUCAGGUCAGUGGUGUACCAGCAGAGCUCCAGGGAAUCGGCCACGCUGCAGCCAUUUUUCACCCUGCAGCUGGACAUACAGUCUGAGAAGAUCCACACUGUGCAGGAGGCACUAGAGAACCUGGUGGCCCGGGAGUCUGUCCAGGGUUACACCACGAGGACCAAGCAGGAGAUUGAAGUCAGCCGGAGAGUGACCCUGGAGGAGCUCCCUCCCGUGUUGGUUCUCCACCUGAAGAGGUUUGUCUUUGAGAAGACGGGAGGCUGCCAGAAGCUGGUGAAGAACGUCGAUUACCCUGUCGACCUUGAGAUCAGCAAAGAUCUUCUCUCACCUGGAGUGCGGAGUAAAAUUUUCAAAGGCCAAAGAACCUACAGGCUCUUUGCAGUUGUUUAUCACCACGGGAACAGCGCCACGGGUGGACAUUACACAGCGGAUGUCUUCCACAUCGGCCUGAGCGGCUGGCUGCGCAUCGACGACCAGCUGGUCAAGGUGAUCAGCCAGCAGCAGGUGGUGAAGCAGGCUGCAGAGCGCACCGCUUACCUGCUCUACUACCGUCGUCUCGACCUACUGUAGAGCCGCGCCCUCAGCCUCCUCCUCCACCUCUUCCUCCUCCACUCCACGUUUUCCUAGUAAACCAGCUUUCUGAUCUGUCUUGGCGAGAAAAAUGAGACUCUUCCGGGAAAAGCUGCAGAUGCUCUCUUCGCUGUGUGUGGCGCUGUUUGAUUUAAUGUAGGUUGUUGGAAGAAGGGCAGCCAGAGCGAUGCUGGGGGUUGACUUCGAAUCUCUUCGGAUCUUAAAAUCGAAUCUCAUUUUCUAAAACGCCGGCCUCCUCUGGAUGGCAGCUUCACCAGAGCCCUGUUCCCGGUUAGGCUGAGCCAUGCUUCUGUUCCGGUUACUGGGAAGAACUUGGGCCUUUUUGUCUACCUUGUUUUUCCAAGGACUCUUUUGCCUUCUAGUAGGUCGGUCUGAAUAUGCAGCUUUUAACUUUUUUCCGCAGGGGCCUCGGCACCAGCAAAUGGAAACGUGUUUUUUGGUUUGAGUCCCGUGUCGGGAGGCUUCCCAUUCUCACUCCCUCCUGAUUUGUCUCUGCUCACCUUCCCGGCGCUUCUAAACCUAAGUAAUGUUCGAGCCAUUCGAAUGACGAGGGCCCGAAAAAACGACUACUUUUGAGAGGAUCCCUGGCGGUUUCUGGGUGUAGAGUCAAAAUAAAGAAUUUUAAACUAACUUGCUUUAGGGUUUGAAUAAAGAUAUGCACGUAAAAUUUGGGGGUGGGGGGAGGAAUUGGGAACAUAUCGAUGUGCAGAUCCAUUUUAAAGUGAUAAAUAAGCAAUUGUGUGAUGGUCACUUUAUACUGCUUACUGGGGAGUGUACAUGAUGAUGAUAUUUUUCGAUGUUUUUUUCCUGCGUACAUGCUGGAGAAAUCCAACGAAGACUGGCAAGUACUCUUUACAGAUGUCUACCUUUGGUUGACUACAGCAUUUCUCCUGCGCCAUCUCGUCAACUUACUGUGCCGUUUUGGAAGAUUUUCCUUCAGUCGCUUCCAGGAAUUUAAGAGACUUAACCCCCUCCCCCACAGUGUCGACCUGACACCCCCCUCCCCCCGCCCCCCCUCCUUUCUCAGUCCUCCACACUGCGGGCGUGUACUCCGCAAAGCGGACGCGGCAGGUUCGAGGACUGGGUCUGCUUUGAGUAGUCGUUUAGCUGAAGGGGGCGGGGACGUACCUGACUUCCCCUCUGGAGACCUUAGACGCCCUGUGGUAAUUGCACACUAAACGAUACAAGUGGGAUUAUCCACAAUCUUGCUUUAGUCAUUUGGUUAAAUUGGACUUUAGUUAAAAUUUGUUUGACACUUGUGUGUUAAUUUUUGACUAUGAAUAUAUAUAUAUACAUAUAUAUUUUUCUGACAUUGUUCUUGGAUCCAAAGUGGUAUAAUUUUCCCACAGGGCGGCAGAACUGGAAAUAAAGUUGUAUAAAUUACCACCCCUUUGGCUGACCGUAUUUGAUGCACCUUAUUCCAAGACUUUGUACUUAACUCUUAGCGUUCGAAUGGAAAUGCGGUGAGUUGACUGUAUCUGCACUGUGGUUCUGGGGUAAGAGAAAGUGCAUCACUAACCGACUGCCUGUAAGCUGUUUACUAAUUGUUUAUGUUCCUGGUUUUUUUCGGUUUUAUGUCGAGGUGUUUCUAAAUUCACCUGAUUGGACGUGCAUACACGGAUACGCAUUGUGUUCAGUUGGGCAUCAAACUAGAUCAUGCCUGUUAAGAAUUUAUAAUGUAGGGUAACGUGACAAGGCAAGAGGCUGGAAAAUAUACAUUAUGUAUAAAGUAACAAAUCUAAGCUCUCAGUUAAAGGCAAGCUUUCUAUUAAUACAUUACUAAUUAAAAUUAUAUACUUCAGUCAUCAAAAUGGUGAAAUUCAUUCACAAUGGAAAGCAGAAGCUUAAUACACCUGUGAUCCCCAGUCCGCAAUACCAGGCUCCCACUUCUAUCUUACUGCUGUAUGGGAAGAGUUAUCCAGGUUACUCUAAUUCGACGGGUGUCUACCGUUAUGUUGAUGAUGCUAAUCGUGCGGUGGUGUUAAGCUGUUUUUUUCUUCCCCCCCUGCUGAUGUCACGGUGCCUCUAAACGCACACGGCAAAUGCAGUCAGUCCGAAGCGGAUCCCCAUCCGCUUCUCUUAACAGGUGUGCCCUCACAAUUAUGUAACGUGAUUACUUUCUAACGAUGUGGUAUUAGCGGUGACCUCAGAUUGGAACACUUAACACUGCUCACUCUCGCGUUCUGUUACAGUAUUUCUGCUUUACAAUGCGAUAUGUAUUCGGUGUGAAGGCUAUAGCCAGGAAAUGUUUGUGAGCAGCAAUUUUUCUGUGAAAACACGACUGUGAGAGGUGGCUCGAUUGUCCUGCUGUCACAAAUUAAAUGGCUUAGUCUCGCUUGGC